GUUUAUGCGAAUGGCUGCAUGAUUCGCGACAUUUAAAGUCACGCUUACUCUGUCGCUCUUAAAGAAUCUUAACUUUUUUUUCUUUCUUCCUUUGAAUCCGUAGAUCAUCAGUAGUACGCCGAUGGAUCAAGGUUCAAACGAGAAACAUAUUUUGCUCCAAGGAGAGCUUUCAUGCACUAUUUGUACACAUACUUUUGAAGAUCCUCAUGUUCUAAACUGUGGUCAUUCAUACUGUGGUGGCUGUAUUUUAGAAUGGCUGAAAGCAAAUAAAAUCUGUCCGUUAUGUAGAACACCAGUCAAUCGACGACCUAUUCACAUUAUUGCGUUACAAAAGAUGGCUGAUGUGAUUAGAACAGAGGAAGUUGUAGCCGAACGAAAAUUGAAUGCCGAAGAUUGGAUCAAACUAUUUCCGCAUGAUAACCAAUCCAGCUAUAUAAUAGAUGAGGAUGACGACGGCAUAGUACAUCGAUGCUCACGGUGCGGUUGGGAGCUGGAUGAGGACAAUUUUUGCGCCAGAUGCGAGAUACAAUUUGACGGAAGUUAUGAUCCUGAAGUAGAUAUACCAAGAACAAGAGGAAGACCAGCUUUCUCAAAUACCCAAGAGGAACCUAUUGAAGUCGCAAGUGACAGCGAUAACGAUUAUGAGGAUAACAGAGAUCUUGAAGGUUUUGUAGUGGACGAUGAUCAUGUGGAAUAUGAGGAUCUAGAUGAUGGUCUUACAACAGAUGACACUGAUAGAGAGGAAAGAUCACCGAGUGAGCAUAUCAGUAUCAGUAGCACCGAAAGCGACAGCGAUGAGGAUGCGGAGCAAAUGCGCCAUAAUGAUGGCGAUGAUGAAAGCCGAAAUAUACCCUUUGACGAAGUUAGUAGUAAUAAUAGCGCAAACAGCUCGAAUAAUAUUGAGGUCGAUAACAGCGAUUAUGAUAUUGGCAGCGACGAUGAUGCUAGUCACGGUAGUUAUUAUUGCUAUUGAUAUCCCCGCUUCUUACCCAAAUGAUAAUAAAUUAUACUUAAUGAUUCCCCUCUCCUUAUUUCUUCC